AAGAAUGUCGUUUACUGUGUUUCAUGAUUAGACAUCCCAUAUAACAAUAACUUCAGUGAUGGCAAAACGAUGAUAACAUUGCUAUGGCGCCAAUGUAGAACCAACCUAUGGAUUUCAAAUGUUUGAUCAAAUACUCUGUCCUUAUUAAAUAGUUUCUUCUUAUCGAUUAGCAUUCGUUAUUCUGUAGACCAGAAAUUCGUAAAAUUUUAAGCGAUUACUUACAAGGAUGAGUGCCGGUGAUUUUAUGUGCGACAAGCACUUUAAAUUAUUACUGAGUGAAAACAGAAAGAUUAGAAAACAAAACUUGGAUGAAUUGACAAAGAUCGUGAGUGACGAAAAGUUCAAAAUUUCCCCAGACUUUAUGUUGGCUAUUAAAACGUAUGUGUAUCCGUGCUUGAAUGAUAGUUCUGAAGCAUGCCGGGAAUCGGCCAUUAACCUAAUGAAGGUUUUAGUGUGCUUGAAGUGUGUAGAUGACAUUGCCCCAAUUAUUUUUACCGUACACAAGCGUAUGGGUAACAUAACAUUAUUAGAAAAUUCAGAAGAAAUUAGACUGUUGUACAUCCAGCUGUUAUGGGAUAUCACCAAAAAUAAUGGACACUUGAUUUUACCAUGUUUGGAUGAUGUGGUUAGUAUUUUGGUAAACGGCAUUGUGGAUCCAUGUCCUGCUGUUAAGAAAGAAAGUUGCUUGUGCGUAGUAGAAGUAGUUAAUGCUACCAAAACGCAUUUUCAUAUGGUAGCUGAAUCGCUUAUUGAACCUCUAUUAAAAACAACAAAUUUUCAUCAAUCAGCUGUUAGAUAUACAGCAAUCCAGUCUCUAAAUUAUGUCAUUAUGUACAGUAAUGGAAAACAAGUUCCAGAAGUAUGUACUGCUAUAAGCGAAAGACUUUUUGAUCAAAAUGUUAAUGUCCGUUUAGCUCUAUGUCGUGUUGUAACUAAUUGGAUGUUAAACCUACCUGAUAGGUAUUCAUAUUUUGCAAAACUUGUUCCUUUAAUUUUGACUGCUCAAGUUGACAACCAUCAGCCAAAUCGUGAAGAAGCUGAACGCCUCUGGGAUGAAAUUGGAAAUCAAUAUCUAAAUGAAAAUGAAGUAAAGUUCAAAGACAAAAUGGAUUUUUUACCUGAUAAUUUAGAUCAUUAUCCUCCGAAUGUCAAACGACCAAAUUUAGGUUGUCGUACCCUAGUUGCUCAAGAAGUAUUAAAGUUACUCCCUGUAAUAAUUCGUGAACUAGAUGAUUGGAAAGAAGAUAUAAGUAUUAAAUCAGGUCAACUAUUGUGUGUGGUUGCGUUGAAUGCCGAAAAUUCUAUAAUUCAGCAUUUAAAUCAAUUAUUAACUGCCAUGACUAAAUGUUGCAGACAACCAAAUCAUUCAGCAUCAACUCAUGUUCGUCAGGCUGCAGAAAUUAUGAGUUACUUCAUAUCACCAAGUGUUUAUUUGAAAUUAUUGUUACCUGCCAUAAGUGAUUCUGAACCACAUUCAGGUCAUAUGAACAUUUUAUCUGGAUUAUUAAAAAAUGUUCAAUCUGCUGAAUUAUCCAUACAUGUAGAAUCUAUAAUUACUAUAUUAGUAAAACCAGAAAUUUGUGAAAUACAUGACCCUUUAUUCAAAAAAUAUUUACUUCAAGUAAUCGAAUACAUAUUAGUUGCUUGUAAAUCAGAAUGCCAGAAAUUUUCUUAUGAUAUUUUUAAAAUCUACAUAACUGUUCAAACUACAACUAUGGAUGAAUUUGACAAUCAUUUAAUUUUUAAAGAAUUAAUUAAUAUGUGUGAACCAAAAACUAAGCAACAACUUUUCAAAAAACAUGGAGAAAAGUUAUUAAAUGAACUUAAUGAUAGUUGUGAUUCAUGGAUGGUGCAUUCACCUGGAAGAAAAGUUCUUGAUAAAAUUGCCACAGAUGCUGAAUAUGUGAUUUUAAAUUGUUAUGAAAUCUAUUUGCAAAUACUUACAAAAUGUUUAAACAACUUUGAAAAAGAUCCUAAAUUUCUUAUGAAAAUAUUAAUUAACAUAAAUACUUGUGUGAAUAAAGAUAUUUUCAUUGAUAAACAACUUUGGCAACUUCUUUCUGGUUUAGUGUUCCCCUUUUUAACAUGGCGACCUGGUAAAACUGCAGAAAGUUUAAGAGCUGCUUCGUGUUUUUGUGCACAAAGUAUAAUCAAUAAAUUAACAUGUUACAAUGAUAUAAUUUUACAACAAAUUUUUCCAUUAUUUUUGGCUCUCGCAGAUGACAAUCACAAUAAAACUCGUGAGUGUGCAUUAGAUUCCUUAUAUUCUAUAGUUAGUGCUGCCAAGAAGUCAAAUAAUAUAGAUGGAGAUAUAAUAAACAAUAUUACUAGAGUUGCUCUAGCUCGUUUAAAUGAUAAUCCGGGAAAUACUCGCUUCAAAGCCAUAAACUUGCUCAAAGUUACAUACAUAAAACCUCUUCCUGAAGAUUAUUUAUUACAUUACGAAGCUCACAUUACUCAAUUGUACAAAACCCUAGUAAUAUUUUUGGAUGAUGAGAAUAUACAAAAAUGUAUAUUAGAUUUAUUAAAAGAACUUUCUUGGAUGAAACCUGAUAUUCUUGCUAAACAUGUCAAUGUUAAUGUUUUUUCACAGAAACAUUAUGCUCAAAACUUGAUGGAUUAUUUGUCUAAUGAAUUAAGUCAAAUUUUACUGGACACAUAAAUACAAAAAUAAUGAUAUCAACAAUUAUAUGUAUUCUUAACAAAGUAAAACCAAUAACAAAAGUAUCUUUUUAAAUUGUAUUAAGUUUUAAGUAAAAUUAUUUAAUUAAAUACAUUUAUAAAUAAAA